GCGCUACGUGUUGUUGUGACGCCAAGUCUCGCGUGAUGAGACUUGUGGUGUCGGGAUUUUCUGACAGGCAGGAGGGUGAGGCUUGCAGUUUACAGCUUUGCCGAAGGCGAAGAUGAGCCUCAAAACAGAGCGCCGCGGCAUCCAUGUUGACCAAUCAGAACUUCUGUGUAAGAAAGGGUGUGGCUACUAUGGGAACCCAGCCUGGCAAGGAUUUUGCUCCAAGUGCUGGAGGGAGGAGUACCAGAAAGCUCGGCAGAAGCAAAUCCAGGAUGACUGGGAAUUGGCAGAACGCCUGCAACGUGAAGAAGAGGAGGCAUAUGCAAGCAGCCAGGGAGCCCAGGCAGGGCCACAAUCUCUUACGUUUUCAAAGUUUGAAGAAAAGAAAUCCAAUGAAAAGACCAGGAAAGUAACUACAGUGAAAAAAUUCUUUACCGCUUCCACUAAAAGCCUCCCAAAGAAAGAUAUAAAAGAAGCAAAAUCCCCAAGCCCUUCUCUGAGCCGCCAGUAUAGCUUGGAAACUGACCGCGUGUCCAAGGAUUUUAUUGAGUUUUUAAAGACUUACCAGAAAGCAGGACAUGACGUGUACAAAAUGUCCAAAAUCUUCUUGGAAGCCAUGUAUCACAAAAGGGAAUCAAAUAUUGACGAACAAUCUGAAUUUACCCAGGACUUUUAUCAAAACACAGCAGAGAAGUUGCAGAUGUAUUGGAAGGUGUCCCCUGAUAAAGUUGAGAAAGUGACGGAUCAAAUUGAGCGGUUCAUAAUGACUCGUCUCUACAAGCACGUGUUUUGCCCAGAAACCACAGAUGAUGAGAAGAAGGACCUCACAGUCCAAAAGAGAAUCCGGGCUUUACACUGGGUAACUCCUCAGAUGCUUUGUGUUCCUGUAAAUGAAGAUAUCGCAGAGGUGUCUGACAUGGUGGUAAAGGCUAUAACAGAUAUUAUUGAGAUGGACUCAAAACGUAUCCCCCGUGACAAACUUGCUUGUAUCACACGCUGCAGCAAACACAUCUUUAACGCUAUCAAGAUCACAAAAAAUGAGCCAGCCUCAGCUGAUGACUUCCUGCCCACUCUCAUCUACAUUGUUCUCAAGGCAAAUCCACCUCGCCUGCAGUCCAAUAUUCAGUACAUCACUAGAUUCUGCAACCCCAGCAGACUGAUGACUGGGGAGGAUGGCUAUUAUUUCACUAACCUGUGCUGCGCUGUGGCCUUCAUCGAGAAACUAGAUGCACAGUCACUGAAUUUAAGCGAAGAAGAGUUCAGCAGGUACAUGUCUGGGCAGGCUUCUCCAAAAAAGCAAGACCUAGAGAACUGGCCCGCAGACACAUGCCCUGGUGUAAAACAGAUGCACAGAAACCUUGACCUACUUACCCAGCUGUCCAAGAGACAAGAGCAUAUUGUAAAUGGGGCUAAGAAACUAGAGAAAGACCUUAUUGACUGGACGGAUGACGUCACCAAGGAAGUCAAGGACAUUGUAGAAAAAUACCCACUGAACAUUAAAACAGCCAGCCAGGCCCUCGCAGCACUUGAGUCAGAAAAUAUAGAAGAUGAUAAGCUGCCCCCUCCACUGCAGCCUCAAGUCUAUGCAGGAUAAUAGACUCAGCCUAGAAGACACAAACACAUGCAAUUACUCCUAUUAAACUGGUGCAGCAGUAAUUUACUGAUUUUUGGAGAACUUGGGUCAGUUUAUUGCAGAUCCUGGAGAGAUCAGGUUUUUUUUAAAAUGAAGACUUGUGACGGUACAAAGUUUCUUUGGCCUUGUGGUUUGCUUGGGAAAGCUAUUUAUUAAUAUGGAUUAUACAGGGCUGUAUGUUACAGAAAGCAAUGAUUAUUCACUAAUUCUUUUAACAUGAGCAUUCUGUUUGGUAUUUGUGAUUGGAUUAUAGAAAUACGUACUAGUCUUAUUGAUUUCCUCUUGCAGAACAGAUUCUUUUAGCAUUUUAAGAUAUUGCUAGCCAUCAGGGAUGCAUUAGGAAUAGGAAUUGUUGGCUUCCCGAAUGAAAAUAACAUGUCCUAGUUUAUUUGACACAAAAAGCUUUAGUAUAUUCAAACAAAAGUUUUCAAAUAUUAUUAGCUUUAAAGUAACCCCCAAAAAAACGAAAGGUUUUCCAAUACAUUUAAAUAUGUAAUAUUGUACUUCUCUGGAAAAUGCUGUGUAUUUUUCUGAGACUCAAAUAUACACCCACAUUUACAUAGCAAAUAACAGAUAAGCUGUGUAGAAUGCAUGCAUUUUAGCACUUAACCAGGGAGAUAAGCACGGGGGAUGAGAUGUCAUUGGUGGCCCCUGAAAUGAAAAACUUUGCUGGAAAGAAACCGUUAAUUGGUAGGUGCAAA